AUGCUGCCGCAGCCUACUUUGUACACAUCCAUGGCAGGCGUCGCACCUCCUGGGCCUCCAGUUCCCGCCCUCGACCCAAAUCUGGAGCAAUUCAUUCGUCAAGGCUACCUAGUUCUACCACCAGCAGGCAGCCCACAGCUGCACGGCACCAUCUACUCGAAAGCCUGGGCCAUCAACGCAAAGGGCCCGGAAGAGACGUGGAAGCUUGCAGAUGGUGUCCUUGCUGCCAUUCCCGAGCUCCAGCAGGUCUUAGAGGUGCCACAUGUGCGCCAAGCACUGACCGGCGUUUUGGGCGACGGCUACAUGCUGCACGGGCACAGGCAUCUGCACGUGAGCUCGGACAACAACCAGAUGUGGCACAAGGACUCCUACUGGGGCUUUCGGAAGAUCCGGAAGCAUCGCCCACGCUGGCUGAUGAUGCUCUAUUACCCGCAGGAGACAACCAUUGACAUGGGGCCGACCUGCAUCAUGGCCGGGUCGCAGUACUGGACCAAGAACACGGAGCACAGCGCAUAUGGAGAAGACAUCUUGCUGCCCCACUCGGGCGUACAGAGCAUGUUCCUCCCUCCAGGAAGUCCUUCCUUGCAGUCCCGUGCUCUCCAGGAGGCCAAGGCAAACUACCUGAAGCAGGACGCGGGUCUUGUGCAGGACCUGGAGCUCACAGUCCCAGCAGGCACCUGCGUCUUGAUGCAUUACGACCUCUUCCAUCGAGCCAGCUCUCGUCUGCCUGGGAGCCCGGCACCCGAGCGCUUUUUGGUGAAGUUCCAGUUCCUGAGGACGACUGAGCCAUGCCCCUCGGCCCACGGAGUCCUCCCCCCUUCGAAUCCGGCACCUCAUCAGCUGGAGCCGAUUCUUGGGGACAUCCGCGCUUGGUACUGUGGAAUCCAGGCAGAUCAUCCAGAGCACGGUCAGCACGAAUCCUUGCUCUCUGAGCGUGCAAAGGAUGCCGAGAUCCUCUCCGGAGACUAUGGUGAAGUGGAGAAAGUGGCAGCAGCCUACCGCCUGGGCCGAGUGGGUGCACGGCAGCUCCUUGCGCGGGCCCUGACGGCAGAGGACGAAGGGACGGCGCGAGCCGCGGCUUACGGCCUCACAGCCGCCGGGCCAUCUGCCACAACCUCCGUGCUGCCCCUGUUGAGCGCCGGCGCCUCGAACCGCGUCCGCCGCCUGGCUGCCUUCGUCGUGGGCGAGACCGCGAAGCCAGAGGUCUCGACCAUCGCAACCCUUGGCCGAGCCCUUUCAGAGGAGUCCAGCAAUGAGGCCAAGUGCGAACUCUUAGAGGCAAUCGGGUUGGUGGGUGCUCGAGCUCGAUCCCUUGGACACGAUGACCUGUGCAACGCAUGCAUGUUGGAAGUUCUUCCAUUUCUGGAGCAGUCCGGGGCGGCAUGGGCCAAGACUCAAACUGGCGAAUGCGCGGCCUAUGCCAUUUUGCUGGCGGCUGGGCUGAAGGGUCAGGUACCGCCGCCGGUCCUCACCAGGCUCGUGAGCGUGGCCACGGCCUCUCAUUGCGAUCAUCUUCUGGCAACUUUUGCCUCAGAGGUGCUCCGGCGCAGCGGGACGGCAUCUCACACUCAGUAUGCUCCACCAGGGUCGCAGCCGCCCUCGAGAGAAUGGCCACCUGCCAAGCGGACCCAGGUGAGGCCUCCCAUAUCUCUUGGGAGCUUGGCUGUGAAGGUUGCACCAGCUGCACCGGUUGCACCGAGGAGGCCAUCAGAGCCCAAGAUAGCCUAUGUGGUCAGGCGCCCGACGGAUCCCUUCGGGCAGGAGUCCAAUGUCGGCUGGACCACGCCGGAGAUCCGCCUGAGCCCUUGA